AUGAUGUAUGUUUUGUUUGCAUUAAGUGUACUAUUAGUUAUGGGGUUUGUAGGUUUUUCUUCUAAGCCUUCUCCUAUCUAUGGGGGUUUGGCGUUGGUUAUUAGUGGUGUUGUUGGUUGUGUAAUUACUUUAAGUUGUGGAGGGGCUUAUAUGGGUUUAAUGAUGCUUUUAGUUUAUUUGGGAGGUAUAAUAGUUGUUUUUGGUUAUACUACAGCAAUAGCUAUUGAAGAGUACCCUGAGACAUGGGGUUCAGGGCUUGAGGUAUUCGGGAUUUUUUUAAUGGGGUUGGUGAUGGAAGUGGGGUUGGUUUUAUGGGUUUUAGACUUGGGUGAGGUAGUGGUAGUUAGUUUUAAUGAUAUGGGUGAUUGAGUGAUUUUUGAGGGAGAGGGGUCAGGGUUAGUUCGGGGCGAUUCUAUUGGUGCGGGUGCUUUGUAUGAUUAUGGGCGUUGAUUGGUGGUGGUUGCUGGUUGGACGUUGUUUGUUGGUGUGUAUAUUGUGAUUGAGAUUACUCGGGGUAACAGGUGA